GGGCAGUAACUAUUCCAUCGAGACGGUGGGUAGCGGUCAGUCGAGACAAACGCGCGUGAGAGUUGUGCAGACGACGGCAGCUGAGUUGAGUCAGGCCCAGCAACAGGCAGGCCUGGUAGCCAGUCAAGUACAACAACAGUCACAGUUGGGUGAGCAGGACAGUUCGUCCAUCUUGGCUGACCUCAUCCGGGCAGCGGGCAUCGUUGAGACGGUGCCACCACCAGGGGGCGUCGCGCGGAGCGCGGGGGAGUUCGUCGACGUCGCGGGCGGCGGCGGUGGCGGAGGCGGGGAGGAGAGCGGCGUCAUGAAUGACUUCAAUGAGAGCGAGCUCGUGCAUGCAGCACAGACUGCCAGCCGCACACCGGGUCCAUCAGAACUUCAAGGUCAGUGGAUACAGUACGAGAUGCCCUCUAGUGGCGGGUCAGUGUUGAACGUUCCCGCAGGAGAGGAUGGUGUAUUUGAUCCUUCAACGAUGACAACACUGGUAGAACUAAGUGGCAAGGAGAGAAACAGCACUACACCAGAUCUGCUGCAGGGUCAAUAUCUAACGUUAGAGCAAGCAGCGGACCUAUUCUCGCAAGGUUUGCUAACGAGCGAAGGUGACGAGGUGCAAGUUAUCUCAGGCGCCGCCGUCUCCACCGACCAGAACGUGGAGCCACCAUCGGUGCAUAAGCAGCCUCUUGUUGCUGGGCAGGCUCAGCUGUACGUAGAUGGGUCAGGCAUUAGCGUGGCUGCUGAUAGCGCGGGCGUGGCUGCUACAGAGUUAGACCCGGCUACCGGUCUCUUCUAUCCAAACUCUCAGCAGGAGUCAUCACGGCUGCCUGCCAUCGCUCAGCCAGCGACCUCGGUUCAACUCGUUGUGACGACGCUGCCCUCUGGCGGCAUCCAGCUUCAACAAGAGAGCAUAUCCAGCGGGGGAGCCGCGCUGCUGCAGGAUCCGGGCGUACAGCUGCAGCGGCCGGCGCAGCAGGAGACUGCGGGCGUCAUGGCGGCAGUGGAGGCGCCACCGUGCGAUAACACAGCGACCGUCGCCAGUGCCGUGCAGGCGAUCAUGACGACGCGCGACGCGGCGGUGGUGGUGCAGACGACGGCGGGCGCCGGCGAAUCGUCGGACGCCGGUCGGCGAUUGAGCGCCGGCGAUGGCGCCCCGUCUCGACACGGCAACCUGAUGAGCGAGCUUACGGGGCUGGGAGCGAUCGUGACGGGUGCCGGGACGAACGCGGGGCGAGCGCCGCAAGUUGCUGAUGCAAAGAGUCGUUUGACGACCGUUACUGCCCUAGCACAAGCGGAUGUGGUCGCGAUGCCGGCCAUGUCAACACAGCUGGUGAUGGGCGAGCCAGCUGGCACUUCCGUGACGGUAAUAUCGAGUGGGCUGGAUACGUCCAGCAUGAACGUCGAGGACUUUACUAGUCAGAGGCUAGCCGAGACUGAAUACUUUGCCGUCAGUGAUACUAAGAAGGUUGGGUAUGCAUUGCCUGCGGAAUUAAUCUCACGCACACGCAAAAGAAAGAUGGAUGAGGGCAGCCAAGGAUCAGUGAGCGGUGGCAGCUGGGUUAGGGCUGCGAUGGGGUUACUGGAGAAGGUAUCCCGCUACAGAGGGGUGGGUCGCAUGAAGGGUGAACUCAAUGCUGCCGACUGGUUCAACAAACCCGUUGACCUAUCAGAGGCACCUGAGUAUCUGAAAAUCAUCAAGACGCCAAUGGACUUCAGUACCAUUAGGAACAAACUUAAAGCAGGACAGUACGGCAACUUUGACGAAUUCCACGCGGACAUGUUGCUGGUGAAGACCAACUGUCAGCUGUACAACCCGAGUGACCACGACGCGCGUAAAGACUGCGAUGAAGUGUUCCAAUUCUAUGCGCAGGAGUACAACAAGCUGAUGGAGAAGUGGCAGACGAGUCAUCUGAUGUCACCAUCGAAAGUGCCAUCCAUGAGCAAGAUUUAGAUGCCACGAGGCUGCGAGGAUUUCAGCAUUUGUUCAUCAACGAGCGAUAAAGAAUACCUGCUUGUGUAUCAUAUACCGUGCUGGUAGAGAGACGUAUUUAAUUUGUAGGGAAUUUGUACCCCUACUUACUGCAUUACGAGCUUUUAUCAAGUGUCAUACUUUGAUAGUUAAUCAAAGUUUGAUAGUCAUCAUUGAUGUAUUUAGAUGUUGUCUGUGAUCGCAUCUAAGCAUCUCUUUAGAACGUGUUUGUACGUGCGGACGUAGUGCAGCUGAAUCAAUGUUUACUCGUGUUAUUUCUGUAUUUUUUUUAUUAACUCGGAGGAAUGUGUAAAUUACCUAGACAUUCCAGACAUGCGAAAUACAAAUACUCGACUUCUGAAUGAUAUUUAAUAUAAUCCGCGUGCAUUUGAUAGCUUCGCUCAGAGUCGACGUUAUCUCGUUGCAUAUCUGUAUGUUAUCUGCCUAAGAUAUCACAUUCACUGUUUGCAUGAGUAAGGGUACUUAGUACCAGUGUACAUUAAUUUGUAAGUAUAACUGGGCUUGUAUAGGAAGCUUUAUCUCUAGGAGGACAAACGGGCUCAAAUUAGAUGUUGUAUAGGUAUAGUAUCAACGGAUAAAAAGCAGGGAAUGUUGAUAGCAAGACCCUAAACAGAUGUACAAAAGAACUAGUUUCUAAAAUAGUAUCAUUUUUAUUUCUCUACUGUUUUUCACAAUCAUUAGAAAAAUACGUUUUGUACAUAUUUAGUAUGUUUUAGUAGGAAUAAAUAGAUUUUACAGGAA